AUGCAAAGCGUCUCUUCUCCACCAACAUUGGAAAUUCAGCCAAAACUAGAGCCACUUUCCCCGAUUCCAACACCGCCGCCAGCAGAGCAGAUGCCAUCACCACCACCACAAGUUUCGAAAGUUCCCAUGGCCAUAGUCAAGCCUGAAUUCUCAUUGGUGCCAGUCCGAUCCGGUGUUCCAAUUUACCAUCUUGUUCACGAAGGACCAGCCCAACCUGGAUGGGAACUCAAGGGAGAAUGGACCACUUUCAAGAUCAACGAACCAAUCUAUUACAAAGACGACUACUUCAUGCUCAAACACAAUCAUUAA